CGAUAAAAACGCGGUCACACUGGUCCCUAGUCGAGUUGGCAUUUUUUUUAAUGGUUUAAAUAGUCCACCAAUUGAACUACAACCAAUUUAGUAAAUGUAUUUGUUAGUCAAUAUCGAGAACAGUCCUUUGUGCGUGUAAAACAACGAGUGUUUUGUCUAAACGAGAACCCGAACAUGCUGCACAACAAUGCUCCCUGGCUGCCACCCCAUCAGCCGCCACAGCAGCAGCAGCAUCCUCAUCAUCCUCAGCAGCAGCAGCCGGUACAACUGCAGCAGCACCAGGCACAGCUGCAGCAGCAACAACAACUGCAGCAGCAGCAGCAGCAGCAGCCUGUCUAUGCCAGCCAAAUUUUCCAGCAUCAGGCACCACCACCGCCACCACUUGGCCAGCAGCAACAAUACUGGCCAGAGGAGCAGCAGGACCAGCAGCAGCAGCAGCAGCAGCCGCCGUCGCUGAAUUACAACAACUAUUUUGCAGUCCAAGCUGCCGGUCAGCAGGCGCCGCCGCCUCUGCCCCAACCGGAGCUGCAGCAGCAGCAGCAGCAGCCUCCACAAAUGUAUUACCAGCCGCCGCCACAAACAACAAUUCCGCAAAAUCAAAUGCAUCCCGAAGUGCCUUUGGAUUCCUUCGAAAACAGCAGCAGCAGCAGCAUCAACAACAACAACAACAACGGCGGUGGCAGGAAUGAUGGCUGGGGGGACUGGGGUGAUUGGAAUGAGACGAGCAACAGCAACCACAACAACAACAGCCACAGCCAGAACCAUAACCAUAACCAUAACCAUAACCAUAGCCAGAGCCACAGCAACGAGGCUGUGAUGGAGCCACCGCCAAGCAACAUAGUCGAUGAUGCCUUCAACAUUCAGGGAUCGCAGGGCAGCAGCUGGCAGGCCUUUGCCAGCAACAACAAUAACAACAACAACAACUUGGAUAUUCCGCCACCCGUGGAACAGCAGCCUCAGCAACCGCAGCAGCAGCAUCCGCUGCAGCCGCUGCACCAGCAACUGCAGCAACUCCAUUUGCAACAACCACCGCCCGAGGUGGGCCAGGAACCCGAGCUGGAUGCGAUUGUGCCGCCGCGCGCCUUUCAGAAUCAACCAGGAGGCGCAGAAGUGGCGCCAGUUACCGGUGGAUUGGUGGCCAUUGCACCACCAUCUGCCCUGCCGCCAAUCACCGCCAGUCCGGGCGGCAAUCCCUUCAAACGUUCCACUGGACCCAGCAAGCGUGUCAACAUACUGGCCGGCACACAAGCAGCUGCUCCGGCUGCUAUUCCUGCCUCUGUUCCCGCUCCUGUUCCAGCUCCUGUGGCAGCACCAACGGCUGAGAUAACCUUUGGUCUGGGCACAGAGACGCAGCAGCAGCCGCAGCUGGAACCAUUCAAUAUAUUGGCAACGCCUUCAGUGUUGCCUCCUGCACCUGUUGUUCCGGGCGUGAGCUCAGCAGUUGCAUCAUCCAUUUAUGGAUUGCCCGCACAGCAGCAGCACCAGCAGCAGCCCCUGGUGAUUCCUCCACCACUCAUCCCCGAGUCGUCACCCCUGGAGAUGGGUGGCUAUGAGAACCUGGAGGUGCUGGCCGCACCCAACGACGAGCGGGCCCAGUAUCUGCAGACGAGUCAUCUGUCGGAGCAGCCCGAGGAGGGGGAGGCCAAUUGGGAGGCGGAGACGGACACGGGCCUGCUGCCGCCGCCCGGUCUGUCGCGUCUGGUGCUGGGCCAGCCGGAGUUGGAGCAGCAGCGACUGGUUACGGGCACCGAACAGCCACCGGCCACGGCCGUGAACGUUGUCCAGGCCCUGCACAUGGAGGAGCGUCAGGCUGAUGGCGAGGACACCUCCGAGGGAGAGCAGCCGCCACGUGUCGACGAUCGCAAUCUCUAUCAGACGCCGCCGCGUCGCGUGGUUACGGGUGUGGAGACAACGGCCGUGUCUGUGCGGGAGCAGCGUGAGGUUGUCCUGGAUGGUGAAAAUCUCGAGGAUCGCGAGGAGCCGCCACCGGCCCUGGCCGGAGUUGCGGCUCUGCCCGUUACGGAGCUGCCGCUACAGCUGCAGCAACAUCACAGCCUGCCCGACGAGGCCGAGCCAUUGCAUCACAAUCCACCAUCACAGUCGGCGCCAGUGGCAGCCUCCACCGUUGCCGCCGCACACUCACAACCACACCCACACCAGCAGCCCCUGCAGCAGCAGCAGCAGCAACAACAGCAGCAACAACAGCAGCAGCAGCAGCAGAGAUUGGAGAAGAAACGGCCCCAGGCCGGGCAGCGUAUGUCGCGGACUGGUAACGCCUCCUUGGACCUGGAGUCGGAUGAGGAGUCGGACGAGUUUCUGCUCAGCGAGCGGGAGCGCGACAGGGAGCGCGAUAGACGGGAUCUGCUCGACGAUCGUCGCGGCCGUCGUGGCCACUACAACAACAACUACGACGGCGAGACGGAGGAUUCUGUGCGGGGCGCGGGCCCAGUGGGACCUGCGGAGAGCAAGACCGGGCGUGAUAGCCAUCGGCGCAGCCACGAAGGCAACAGCCAGCAGCAUGGCAGACGCCGCAAUCCCGAAACAGAUCUGGAACGUGAGCGGGAACGUGAUCGUGAUCGGGAUCGAGAGCGCAACUGGCGCCGCCGCUCGAACAAGUAUCACAGCGGUGGCGAGGAUCAGGAGCGUUACGAGCACUCGCACUCCCGCCGCUACAACAACAGCAACUACGACGGGGAGUCCGAUGGCCCCGACUCGAGCCACAUGGGCGCCGAUAGCGAAAUUCUGCUGGAUGGAGGCAGCGCCGGACCUGGUGCCGGCGGACCCAACAGCAUUGGUGGGCGCAGCAGCAAGAACGGCAGAGAUCGCCAGAGGCGCAGUGGAGGUGCACCCGAGGAGGACUACGACUAUGAUGACUAUGAGCGGGAGCGCGGCCAAUACUCUCGACGCUCCAUUAAGCAGUCGGAGAAGGGCAGGAGUGGUGGUGGGAGGCGAGAUCGGCACGAGGCCACCGGUGAUCAGCGGCCGCAGCGUCGCAGCAACGAUGAUGGCACCCUGGAGCGGCGGCGUCGCCAUCCGCAUCCCGAUCAACGGCACUGGGAUGGGUACGAGGAGUACCGCAGAAAGAGCUCCCGCAACAGUGACCUCGAGAAGGAGCGCACCAAUGGCGGUGGUGGUGGUGGUGCUGGAGCCGGUGGCAGCGGCGGCUCUAAGCGUCGCAACUACGCUCCGUAUGCGGGUGCUGGCUACGAUCCGUAUGGAAUGUACGAGCAGUUGUCGAGGAAUCCCCAAGCCUAUGCGGACAUGUAUGCCAAGUUUUAUGGUCAAAUGAUUAACUCGAUGACGGCAGCGGUGGCUCCGUACAAGGCGGCGGGUGCUCCGGUACAGCAGCAGCCGCAGCAACAGCAGCAGCAGGGGCAGCAGCCGAUGAUGACUGCAGGAGUCCAAAUGAUGGAUGUCAUGCGGACGUCUGGUAAGGAGGGUGACCUGCUUACAGAACGAGAACGGUACACACACGCAUACAUAAAUCAAGCAAACGAAUUCCAUCGUCAACAAUAUAAUGAGGGGCUCUACCAGCAACAGAUCCAGCAGCUUCAACAGCAGCAACAGCAGCUCCAGCAGCUACACCAGCAGCAGCAGGAGCUCCUUAACCGCAGCAUGGCGGACAUGGAGGACAGCAGUGCCAGCUUCUAUGGUGGUGACUCGUUUGGCAGCCGGAGAUUUAUCUAUGGGCAUCAUGGGCUAGCCAGUGCCCGAUCGCUAAGCAAUCUGAAUGGUGGGGAUCUAAAUGGAACAGGACGAAGUUCACGUUGCAGCGGCCUUUAUUAUGCUGGCUCUGAAUGCGCCCUCGAUAUCAGAGGUGCCGAUGUGUCCUCUGUCCACGGAGGCGUGGCUGCUGGUGCAGGUGUAACCACCACAGCGGUGGCUCGUCCGCCCAGGAGACGCACCCCACUGAUGUACAACCGACCUCAUCUGGUGGCCUCGUACGCCAUGAGCCUGCUGCUGAAGGUGAAGCCAAAGUAUGCCGGCCGCGGGCGCCUGCGCAACGAUGUGGAGGUGGCGGCACCGCGCUUCCGCGACGGCACGAGCAGCCUGCUGCGGAUGUACCCGGGACCACUGCAGGGCCGCAAGUUGCACAAGGACAAGAUCAUAAGCUUCUGCAAGGAGCAGAUACGCCUCGGCCCCACACGCGGCUGCACGGUGCUGUAUGCCACACAGAAGAAGCCCCAGGGCACCGUCGAGAAGUAUCGGGCCUCGCACGCCCUCAUGUGGAAUCUGCUCAUCCUGCUGCUGCGCCAGAACGGGUACAUUGCCGACACGGAUGUCGGGGACCUGCUGUUGGAGAACCAGCAGGAGUAUCCCUACAAUCCGUCCGAGCAGGAUGGCGCAUCCGAAACAGAGCCCGAGGCCGAUGCCGAGCCAUUGGAGGCAGCGGAUGCGGCUGUGGAUUCGGAAGCUGAAAGCGAAACGGCCGCCACCAGGGCCAGUCAGUCCUCGGACGAGGGGCAGACUGCCGCGCCAGGAGCUGGUGCCGAAGCUGGCGUCUCGGGAAAGGCAGCGCCGUUGUCCGAGCAGGCGGCUACGGACAAGUUCCGUAGCUACGUGCUGCGCGGCAAUGUGGAGGAGGCGCUGCAGUGGGCCACCGACAACAACCUGUGGACGCACGCCUUCUUUCUGGCUCUGUACGAGGAUCGCUAUGCCCUGACGGACGUGGCCCAGAAGUUCCUCAAUCGCGCCAUCAAGGCCAACGAUCCGCUGCAGACGCUCUACCAGAUGAAGAGCUGCCACACACCGGCCUGCGUCAGCCAGCUGCGCGAUGAGCAGUGGGGCGACUGGCGCUCCCAUCUCUCCAUUCUCGUGACGAACAAGUCGCGCCAUCCGGAGUCCGAUCGCAGCUCGGUGGUGGCCCUCGGCGACACGCUCUUUCAGCGCGGCGACAUCUAUGCGGCCCACUUCUGCUAUCUAGUCGCCCAGGAGGAGUUCGGACGCUACGACAGCUCGGCCACCCAGCUGACGACGCUCACGGCCGAGGUACCGAGACUCAUCCUGCUGGGCGCGUCCCACUACAAGCAUUUCAAUGAGUUUGCCAGCAACGAGGCCAUCAUCAUGACGGAGAUCUACGAGUAUGCCCGCUCGCUGUUCGACCAAAAGUUCAGCAUUGCCAACUUCCAGCACUACAAGUUCCUGUUGGCCACGCGCAUGCUCGACUAUGGGCAGCAUUUCCGAUGCACCAACUACCUGGAGCAGAUUGCCAAACACAUCGAACUCAAGCCGGACAGCUACGACAAAGAUUUUAUUCAGCGCGUGUGCGAUCUGGCCGAACGUUUGCGCUAUCACGAUCCCAUCCUCAUCAAUCGGGUCUCGUUUGCCAGUCCACCGAUUGGCAACAACAGUGGCAGCGGCAGCGGCAGCGGCGGCAGCAAGGAUCCCGCUGUGCCCGAGGAGAAGGCAUGGCUGAGUCAGCUGCGGGACAUCAUCCAUGUGCAACCCCAACAGGAGCAGCAGCAGCAACUGCAGCAGCAGCAGCAGCAGCAGCAGCAGAACGACAUCGAUCAGCAAUUUGCGGAGGUGAAUCAACAGUUUCUUGAACUGAAUAGGCAAUAUGAUGGCGGCAAUUUGGAGGACACCCUGCAGCUGUCCAAGGAGCAGCCACCUGUGGCUGAGCAGCUGCCAGAGCAGCAGCAGCAGCAGCAGCAGCAAUACUAUGAGCCAACGCCACAGACGCAGCAGCUGCAGGAGGAGCUGCCAACAGAUGCGUAUGGGCAGCACGCCCAACAGUUGCAGCAGCCGCCACAAAUGUACUAUGAUCCCAAUGCAACUGCCCAACAGCAGCACUACGAACAGCAGCAGCAGCAGCUUGCUGCCUCUUAUGGCGGCCACAUUGAAUCGGCGGCCGAGGCAUAUGCCGCUGGCGCCCAAACAGCGGAACAAGCGGCAGCGGCAGCGCCCUCUACUGGCUAUGGCUAUGACUACUGGUCGGGCACACAGCAGCCGCCGUACGGCGAUGAGCAAACGGAAGGCAGCGAGAAGUUGCAUGAGAAAGGAGUUAAUCAGGAGACAGCAGCAGCUGCGGCAGCAGCCAUGGGACAUGUGGAUAAGGCUGAGAAUGAGGAACACAAGCAGCAGCUGCAGCAAAAGCUAAAGCCAAACUAUCGCAACAAUCCAAUGAAAGUCGCAAAGGCAGCAGCCACAAAGUCCAGCCUGGAGAUGGAGAGGACAAAGACACUUUUACGCCAAAUGGCAGCAUCCUCCGCUAUCAAGCCACAGACAGCAGCCACAACACGUGCCACCAAAGCAGAGCCAGCAGCAGAGAAGCCAGCAGCAACAAAGGCAUUCAAUUUGAAUGAUCUACAGCAUCAGCAGCAACAGCCGCAGGGGCAGGGUCAGGGUCAGCGACCAGCAAUCUCCAUGCCAAAAUCCAAGAGCUACGGGGACGAGGACGACGGCACGGCGCAAGCAGCGGCCAGCAGCAGCAGUGGCAAGCCAGGCGGUGGCACGGCAUCAGGUGGCAAGCAAGCAUCGGGUGGAGAGAUUGGUGCACCGGGCAGUCAGAAUGCCGGCUGGUUCGGGGGAUUGUGGAACAAGUUGUCGCUGAAACCGAAGAACCAAAUGAUUCUGCCGGACGAUAAGAAUCCCACCAUUGUGUGGGACAAGGAUCGCAAGUGCUGGACCAACACCGAGGGCAACACGGAUGAGGCUGAAAGCUUUAAGCCGCCGCCAAAGAUGAGUGACUUGGGCAUGGGCAUGGGAAUGGGCAUGCCCUUGGGCUCACCACCAUCAAAUAUGCUGGGCAGUGGCAUUCCCGCACCCCAGCUGAUGGGUGGCCACGAGCCUGUGGCAGCGGCUCCGGCUCCGGCUCCACAGCAUCCGCAAAUGUAUGGAAAUCCGCAUAAUUAUGCCGCUGCUGCUCCGGCGCCCGAGCUGUAUCCAGCGACGGUGCCAUCGCCAGCACCAGCGAUACCAGCGCCUGACCAUGCAGCAGCAGCAGCGGCAGCUACAGCAGCUACACUACCAGCUCCUGGUGGCGCUCAGCCCAAGCUGCAGUCGAACAUGUUUAAAAUGCAGCGAAAUCGCACUCUGAAGAACUCGUAUGUGGAUGUGUUCAAUCCGUCGGGUGCGCCCAUGUCGGCGGCCUCCGAGAAUGUCCUGGCUCCCAUAAUGGCGCCAGCAGCAGUGCCCCAAGGGGGCUACUUUGUACCGGGCGGUGCAGCUCCAGCGCAUCAGCAGUAGAGCGACAAAAUGCCAGCGAAAUCUGAACUUCGAGCUACGUAAAAACGACCAGCCAUGCGCCCAAAGACUCACACACACACACGCACGUACACACAGCCAGACCAGACUAUACGCACGCACACACACACACAACCAUUCAUUCUGCCACUCGCCUACGCAUGUUCCGUUCCACCAACGACAGCGACAACAACACGCGUCAGUGUUGUAAAAGAAAGAAAAAAGAGAACUACUACCGAUCAAGCUCGUUCGAUUGUAACUCGCAUUAAUUCUUUUUUCGGUUUGUCUGUUGUCUGUCAUUUAACAAUAUUUUCUUGAUGUGUGUGCGUGUGUGUUUCCACCUGUGUGUGUGUGUGUGUAGUGGCGCAUGUGUUUGAGUGAUCCAGCGAGAUCGAUCUUUAAAUGUUUAGCAAAAAGAUGAAACCCAUUUGUGUACUAAUAGCAAAAUAUAUAUAUGUAUAUGUAAUCCACAUACCCCUCCCACCCCACACACUCCUACCCCCUCCCAACAAAUCAAUUUCUGUUUAUAUAUAUAUAUAUGAUAUGAUAUUUCUUUUGUAUGUUGCAUAGUUUUUAUGAUUAUUUUUUGUUGUUGUAUAGAGCCGAUGUAUGAGAAGCGAAUGAUAAGAAAUGUAUUCAAAGGGUGGGCAGGAAGGGAGUUAAGCGGGACAGAGCACACAGCAGGACACGGGACAAGACAUAACGGAACAGAACAUUGGUUUGGUUUUUGCACUACUUUCCAACUCUACAACAAAACACAAAACAAAAACAUCCAAAUAUCUAUUUAGCUCUAUUAUAUACGAGUAAAAAUAAAUAAAUUGCAUAAAUGUGGUAUGUGCGCACCCAUCUCUAUCUCUAAUUAUAAUUCCAAUUCCAA